AUGUCCGACUCACCAGUCUCGUCAGACCCAGAAAAAGCCGGUCAUUCGGAUAACAAGACAGCGUAUGGCCAUGCUACCACAGUCUACUCUGAUGGAGCUCUUGAAGAGGACCGAGUUGAAGGGUUCGAAGAGACGCGAGAACUCAGGCGCGGGCUUCAUCAGCGUCAUAUUCAGAUGAUUGCUCUGGCUGGCACUAUCGGCACAGGUCUGUUCUUGGGCUCUGGCAAAGCAAUUGCUCGAGGCGGUCCUCUAGGAGCUUUCAUGGGAUACUCGUUCGUUGGGGUCUUGGUCGUAGGCGUCGUCAUGUCGAUAGCAGAGAUGAGUGCUCUACUCCCGCUUAGUGGUGCCAUUAUCCGACAUGCUGAGCACUUUGUUGAUCCUGCGCUCUCAUUUGCACAAGGAUGGAACUCGAUUUACAACAGCAUGAUAUCUCUUCCAGCAGAGUUAGUUGCUGCAGCUGUUAUCGUUCAAUUCUGGUCCACGAUCAACUCGGCUGUGUGGAUCACCGUGUUUGGACUCCUACUCGUAGUUGCCAAUCUGCUAUUCAUCCGAGUCUAUGGGGAGAUGGAAUUUACAUUCGCUAGCCUGAAAAUUAUGUUGAUCGUUGGUUUGAACCUCAUGGCACUCGUCAUCGUUUGUGGAGGCGGCCCAGAUGGCCACACAUAUGGCUUCCAAUACUGGCACAACCCAGGCCCAUUCGUUGAAUACCUUGGGUACCAAGGCUCUCUUGGUCACUUCAUGGGAUUCUGGACCACCUUCUCAAAUGCUGUAUACGCCUACUCGGGAAUCGAGAACAUCUCCAUGGCAGCAGCUGAGACCAAGUCCCCUAGAAGAAACAUUCCAAUCGCCGCCAAGAGAAUAUUCUUCAGAGUCGUAGUGUUUUACAUGCUUUCGAUCUUCAUGGUUGGACUUCUUGUUCCUUCCAAUGAUGAAAACCUUCUCAAAAGCACAGGGAACGCUGCGCAGUCCCCAUUCGUCAUUGCAGCUACAAGAUCUGGAAUCAAAGUCGUGCCAUCUAUCAUCAACGCUGUCGUUCUUACCUCAGCCUGGUCAGCAGGUAACACUGGACUUCUAGGAGGCUCUAGAACUCUCUACGGGAUGGCAAGGGAAGGCCACGCGCCUAAGAUUUUCCUCAGGACCAACCGAAUGGGAAUACCAUAUCUUGCUGUGGGUUGCAUCUCCAUAUUUAUGUGCCUCGGAUUCAUGACACUAUCGAAAGGCGCCUCGGUAGCUUUCGGUUGGCUUCAAGAUCUGGUCUCCGUCGCUGCCCUCGUCGGAUGGAUGACCAUCUGCACCGUCUACUUGCGCUUCUACUACGGCUGCAAGAAGCAAGGAAUUCCUCGAGAGAACCUCCCGUGGAAGGGGCCAUUCCAGCCUUACGCCGCUUGGUUCUCCCUAAUCUCUUUCACUGUCUUGCUACUCACGGGAGGCUAUGUCACUUUCGUUCACGGCCACUGGAAUACAGAGACGUUCGUGUCGUCUUACAUCAACAUCCCGAUCUUCCUUAUCCUGUACUUUAGCUACAAGUUCAUCAAGAAGACUUCGAUCAUUCCGCUCAGCGAGAUCCCGAUUCAGCACUACAUUGAUAUCGCGAAUGCCAACCCGGAGCCGCCUGCGAAGAAGAAGGUUGGUAUUCAUAGAUUCAAUAUUCUCUGGGGAUAG